CUUGAGUAACAACGUAAAAAUGUUACGUUAGCCUCAUUUGAUGAUAAUCUUAAAAAAAUACCUUUGAUAUUUAAAUUUUUUUUUUGUAAAUAUGACGAUAGCUAUUAAUGUUUGUAAACAGGGAACAAAUGUUCCUUAUGGUAUAAUAGCAUUAGCUCAAUAUAUUAAUGGUUUAUCAAAAGCUUCAGAGCAAAAACUUGACAUUCAUUGGUAUGAAACGAUUGAAGGCAUCAACAAUACUUUUGUAGUUUUAAAAGUUGAUAAUAAUGACAUUACCGGAUCAAAUAAUGUUUCAAGAUAUUUAGCUAAUAACUAUAAGGAUUUGGAUUUGUAUGGAAAUAAUUCUGCAUCUAAAACUAUGAUUGAUCAUUGGAUAGAUUUUGCUACAGAUAAAUUGGAAACCAGUGAUUUCAAAAUUCUUGAAGCAGCAUUUGAUGAGAUUAAUCAUCAUCUUACCCUUAGAACUUUUCUUGUUGGCUAUAAAUUAUCUUUGGCCGAUAUUAUUGUAUGGGGAGCUCUUAAAAAUUCGGCAGCUUUCAAUCGCCAGAUUAAAACUGGAAAGGAAGCAGGAGGUCCUCAUUUAAUAAGAUGGUUUAAUUAUAUUAAUUCGUUGGAUUUUAUUCAACAAGGAACAAAUUGGAUCGCCCAAAAUGCAAAAUCAUCAUCCAAAGUGGGGAAAGAUCAACCAAAUAUGAAUAUUGGAUUGGUGGAUGCCGAAGUUGGAAAAGUAGUUACUAGGUUUCCACCGGAACCUUCUGGAUAUUUACAUAUUGGACAUGCUAAAGCUGUCAUGUUAAAUCAAUAUUUUGCCCAAAAAUAUAAAGGAAAAUUGAUUGUUAGAUUUGAUGAUACUAAUCCCACAAAGGAAAAGGAAGAGUUCGAGGAGAGUAUUAAGGAGGAUUUGACAUUACUCGAAAUUAUUCCAGAUAAAAUAACAUAUACAUCUGAUUAUUUUGAUCAAUUGUAUCAGUAUGCGAUUAAGAUUAUUGAAAAAGGAUUAGCUUAUGUUGAUGAUACUGAUGUCUCUACUAUGAGAGAACAACGUAUGGACGGUAUUCCUUCAAAAAGUCGGGAUUUGUCUGUUGAAAAAAAUCUUGAAAGAUUUAAAGAGAUGACCGAAGGAACUGUGUUUGGAUUAAGUUGCUGUCUUCGAGCAAAAAUAGAUAUGUCAAAUCCAAAUAAAGCUUUACGUGAUCCAGUAAUUUACAGAUGUGACCUAAAUCCCCAUCACCAUACAGGAAAUAAGUGGAAGCUUUAUCCAACAUAUGAUUUUGCAUGUCCAAUUGUUGAUUCAAUUGAAGGAGUAACACAUGCUUUAAGAACAAAUGAAUAUCGAGAUAGAAAUGCUCAAUAUGAUUGGUUUCUUCAAUCUCUAGAUUUAAGAAAAGUUCAUGUUUGGGAUUUUAGUAGACUGAAUUUUGUUUAUACAUUGCUAUCAAAACGUAAAUUACAAUGGUUUGUUAAUCAAGGUCUUGUUAGUGGAUGGGAUGAUCCAAGAUUUCCAACUAUUCGUGGCAUUCGGCGUCGUGGAAUGACAGUUGAGGCCUUGAAACAGUAUAUAUAUACUCAAGGGGCAUCGCAAAAUGAUGUAACAUUAGAAUGGGAUAAAUUAUGGGCAUUAAAUAAAAAAGUUAUUGAUCCUGUUGCUCCUAGACACAUAUCAAUUACCAAGCAAAAUAUAGUUAAAACAAGCAUAUUGGAGGGACCUGAAAUUCCUUAUUCUAAAGAGAUAGCCAAGCACAAGAAGAAUCCUAAUGUUGGAAAAAAACAAACUUGGUUUGCUUCCAGCAUUUGGAUUGAACAGGAGGAUGCAAAAACAUUUGAGAAUGAAGAAGAGAUCACACUUAUGGAUUGGGGUAAUGCAAUUGUUAAAACCAUCCAUAAAUCUGAAACAAAUUCAGAUAUUGUAACGGAACUUGAGUUACAACUUCAUUUAGAGGGAGACUUCAAAAAAACAAAAAAGAAAAUUUCUUGGUUAGCUAAUACUGCGAAUGUUUCUGAAGUAGUAUUAAUUGACUAUGAUUAUUUAAUAACCAAAAAAAAAUUAGAAGAAGAUGAUAAUGUUGAAGAGUUCGUUACUAAAAAAAGUGAGUUCUUAACGAAUGCUUUAGCUGAUAGUAAUGUUAAGGAGUUAAAAAAAGGAGAUAUAAUUCAAUUUGAGCGUCGUGGAUAUUACAUUUUGGAUAAUGAUGCUUUUGAAUCAGCUCUUCGUUUUAUUUAUAUUCCUGAUGGUAAAGCUAGCAGUUUGGCAUCUAAAGCUGAUGAAGCAGAAAAUGCUGGAAAACAAGGAAAAAAGAAAGAAAAGAAUAAAGAAAUUAAAGAAAUGAUUACUACCAAUACAGUUUCUGGUACUGCUUUUCCUGUUAUUGAUAAGGAUGUUACAAAAAAUAUAAAGAUGUAUGGAGUUCCAGAUAUUUAUGGUGAAGUGCCAAUGCCAACACCAGAGCAAAUUUCAAAAAUGUAUAAAGUACCAAAUAUUUAUUCUUAAUAGAUUAAUGUUUGAAGUAAAAUCAAAGUUUAUAAAAAUUAUCUAAUUUAAAGUAUAUUAAUAAAAUAUAUUUUA